AUGGAUUCAGAAAAGAAGGUGGCCCCUAAAAACAGCAAGGAUCAAGAUCCUUUGCAAGACGACACGGCCUCAAGCAACAAUGAACCUUCUGGAUAUCAUGAAGAACCCCAGAACUUCACCCAAGACUCUUACCACGACAUUGAAAAACAAAUGACCCAUUCCGGUGCCGAUCUCGCCCGUGUCAUGAGCCAGCCUGAUAAUAUCAAACGUCUCGAAUCUCUUACCCGUGUUCUCUCAACUCGUCGUGUUGCUGUUCCAGGUCAAAUCACCGGGCCUCUUGCUGUCGACCCUAACGAUUUUGAUCUCAACAUUUUACUCAAUUCAAUUGCCCAGCGUCUUGACGACCAAGGUAUCUCCAGAAAAUACACCGGCUUUGCUCUCAACAACACCACAGUCUGGGGUGUCGAUGUUUCAACAGCUUAUGGUCCCUCUGUUUCUGAGCAUUUGCGCUCUCUGGCCCUUUUCCCUAGAUAUAUCAAAGACUAUUUACACAAACCGAUUCGACCUUUAAUUCGCGAUAUCAAUGGUCUUGUUCGUGAAGGUGAGCUGCUCCUGGUUCUGGGUAGACCCGGUUCCGGUUGCUCCACUCUUCUUAAAACCAUUGCCGGUGAAAUUGACACUUUUAAAAAGGUUGAUGGAGAAAUCUCUUAUGCUGGUGCUCCUCAAGAAGAAAUGCUUAGGCAUUUCAAGAGUGAAGUCAUUUACAACCCCGAAUUGGAUGAUCACUUUCCUCACCUGACUGUUGGCCAGACUCUACGCUUUGCUAUUGCUUGCAGAACUCCUGAAACUCGUGUCGAUGACCUAUCUCGUGAACAAUUUGAAGACUUUUUGCUCGAGGUGCUGGCUACUGUCUUCGGUCUUCGCCACGUCCUCAACACAAAGGUUGGUAACGAUUACGUUCGUGGUGUCUCUGGUGGUGAACGUAAGCGUGUCUCCAUCGCUGAAGCCCUCUCUGCUCGUGCUGCCAUUUACUGUUGGGAUAAUGCCACUAGAGGUCUUGAUGCCUCUACUGCCUUGGAAUAUACUCACGCUAUUCGUGCUGCUACCAAUUUUUUGAAUAAUGUUGGUGUCGUUGCCAUUUACCAGGCUGGCCAAAACAUUUACGAUCUUUUCGAUAAGGUCACUGUUCUCUAUACUGGUCGCCAAAUCUUCUUUGGUCCCGCUGAAAAGGCCAAGGCUUACUUUGAAAAAAUGGGUUACUAUUGUCCUGCUCGUCAAACUACUGCCGAGUUUUUGACCUCCGUAACUGAUCCUAAUGGUCGUUUGAUACAGGAAGGUUAUGAAAAUAAAGUCCCGAAAACAGCUGAUGAGUUUGAGGCAUACUGGAAGGCCUCUCCAGAGUUUGCUCAGGUCCGUCAUGAAGUUGAGAGCUACAUUGCUGAAUGCCAAAGUGAUUCCACUGUUCAACGUUUCAAAGAUGUCAAGAACGUCGAAAGAAUGAAGCACACUCGUGUCAAAUCACCCUACUUGAUCACCUACACUGCCCAACUUAAGCUUGUAAUGAUUCGUGGUUUCCAGAGAGUUAUUGGUGACAAAAACUACACCAUCAUCAUGGUUGCUGGUUGUAUUAUUCUUGCCUUUAUCGUUGGUUCCUUAUUUUGGGACAUUCCUGACUCUACAUUUGGUGCCUUCUCGAGAAGUGGUGUUUUAUUCUUUGGUCUCUUGCACAUGGCUUUAACCUCCCUUGCCGAAAUUAACAAUGCAUUCUCUAAUCGUUCCAUUCUCAUGAAACAGAGAACUUACUCUUUUUACCAUCCCUCUGCUGAAGCUCUACAAGCUGUUCUUUCUGGUUUCCCCGAACGUCUGCUUUCUUGUAUUGCCUUUACCAUUCCGCUUUACUUUCUUUCAAACUUGAAUGUAACUGCUGGUCAGUUUUUCAUCUUUUUGUUUAUUUUGAUUUUGGCAACUCUUACUCUUGGUGGUCUUUUCCAAAUGAUUUCUGCUCUUACCAAGGAUGCCCAAACUGCAAACUCGGUCGCUGGUCUUUUCGUCGUUCUCAUGGUUGUCUACACCGGCUAUAUGAUCCCACUUACCCAAAUGCACCCUUGGUUUAAAUGGAUCAGUUACCUUAAUCCUCUUCGUUACGCUUUUGAAACCAUGAUGGCCAAUGAGUUCCAUCACCGUGAAAUGCCUUGUCAAAACAUGAUUCCUAAUGGUCCCACUUAUCAGAAUCUUCAACAAAAUAAUACUGUUUGUGCUUUUGCUUCUUCUGAAACUGGCCGUGAAACUGUCAAUGGUGAUAGAUUCCUUCACAUCAGUUAUGGUUACUCUUGGGGUAAGGCCUGGAGAAACUUGGGUUUCUGCUUCAUUUUCUACAUUGGUUUUUACGCUAUCAACUGUGUUGCUACUGAAAUUCUUAAGCCUCUUCCUGGUGGUGGUGAUAUUCUUUUGUUCCGUCGUGGCCACAUGCCUGCUGAUUUCAGUCUAGAGGAGCCUGUCAGAGACAUGGAGGCUCUUAAGCAAGAACUUGAUGGUAUUGGUAGUGGUGAUGAAGAACCCGAUCUAUUUUCUUGGCAACACGUUGACUACACUGUGCCAAUCAAGGGUGGUACUCGUCAGCUUUUGAAUGAUGUUCAAGGUUAUGUCAAGCCUGGUACUAUGACUGCGCUUAUGGGUGAAUCUGGUGCUGGUAAGACUACUCUUUUAAAUGUUCUUUCUCAAAGAAUCAAUGUUGGUGUUAUUACUGGUGAUAUGUUUGUCAAUGGUAAACCUCUUGAUGAUACUUUCCAAAGACGUACUGGUUAUGUUCAGCAGCAAGAUUUGCACUUGGCUGAAACUACUGUCCGUGAAGGUCUUCAAUUUGCUGCCCGUCUUCGUCAACCCGCUACUUAUACUGAUGCUGAAAAGAUGGAAUAUGUUGAGAAGAUUAUCAAACUUCUUGGUAUGGAAUCUUAUGCUGAAGCUCUUGUCGGUGGUGUUGGUCGUGGUCUUAACGUUGAACAACGUAAGAAGCUUUCCAUUGGUGUUGAACUUGUUGCCCGUCCCUCUUUGUUGCUUUUCCUUGAUGAACCUACCUCUGGUCUAGACUCUCAGUCGGCUUGGGCUAUUGUUACCUUCAUGAAGGAACUUGCUCGUGCUGGUCAAUCCAUUUUGUGUACAAUCCAUCAGCCUUCUGCUACUUUGUUUGAACAGUUUGACCGCUUGCUCAUGCUUAAGAAGGGUGGUUUUAUGGUGUACUUUGGCGAUAUCGGUGAGAACUCGUCUACCUUGACCAGCUACUUUGAGCGUAAUGGUGCCCGUCCUUGCGAAAAGUCUGAAAAUCCUGCUGAGUAUAUUCUUGAAUGUAUUGGUGCUGGUGCCACUGCUAGUGCGGAAAAGGACUGGGGUGAGGUUUGGAAAAAUUCAAAGGAAAAUUCUGAUUUGACUCUGGAGAUUAACGAAAUUCAUGAACGUCUUCGUGCACGCCCUGAAAAGACCCUCGAUCACAGUUUGAAGACAAAGUUUGCUGCUUCGUACUGGACUCAGCUUCGUAUUGUUUAUGGUCGUACUUGGAGACAAUUCUGGAGAUCGCCAAAGUAUAUUUCUGCUAAGUUUAUUCUCAGUACUGUCGGUGGUCUUUUGGUUGGUUUCUCUUUCUUCAACAUUAACCACUCUAUUUCUGGUAUGCAAAAUGGUAUGUUUGGUAUCUUUUUGAUUUUGCUUAUUUCCAAUCCUAUGUGUAACCAGAUUGAGAGUUUUGCUCAGCCUUCGCGUGACUUGUAUGAAGUACGUGAAUCCAAGUCAAAUACGUUCCACUGGUCUACCCUGAUUUUGGCUCAAUUCUUUGCAGAACUUCCUUAUCACUUGGUCUUUUCUACAGUUCUUUACAUUGCGUUUUAUUUCCCCGUUGGCUAUGCUCGCAAUGCUCACAUUGCUGGUUACUUUUGGUUCUGUUACUGUAUUCUUUUCCAUAUUUAUAUUGUUUCAUUUGGUCUCAUGGUCUUUUACUUUUCUCACGAUGCUGCAUCUGCAUCUGUGGUUACAUCCAUGUUGUUCUCUCUCACAGUUACUUUCUGUGGUGUCAUGCAACCUAAGGCUCUUAUGCCCGGCUUCUGGACCUUUUUGUGGAAGGUUUCACCUUACACUUACUUUGUCCAGGGUUUCACUGCCGAUGUUUUAAGUGGCCGACCCGUUAUUUGCGAUGAUUUUGAAUACAAUAUUAUGGAACCCCGUGCUGGAGAAACAUGCGGUGAAUUCCUUGCUGAUUUCCUUUCAAGCAACCCUGGUUAUGUUAAUAACCCCAAUGCUACUUCUCAAUGCCAGUACUGCAAGUUUAAUGUUGGUGACAACUUUUUGGCUACUGUCAAUAUGUCUCAUGGCCAAAAGUGGCGUAACGUUGGUUUCUUCUGUGUUUACAUUGUUUUCAACAUUGUCUGCAUGCUUGGAUUGUACUACCUUCUUCGUGUCAAAAAUGUGGAGAUGCCUGACCUCAAGUCUCUUUUGACCUUUGGCUGGGUCAAGGAUGUUGUUAAGAGUAAGGACGAUCGCCCUGACACUGAUAUCUACCGUGAGAGACCGGAGGAUGCUGCUAUGGCUAGAGAAGUUGAUGCUCAUUUGAAUAUGAGACGCGCGUCUGUUGCCAAUACUUCUGCUCCUCAGGUUUAA